AUGAAGCUUUUCGCGGUUGUGCUGUUCACCGCCGUGCUCGCGUACGCGGCCGGUCAAACGAUCGAGAAUUGUCUGGAGAAGGACAGUAUCGGCUGCGUGCAGAAGACCAUCUACAGGCGUGCCAAGGAGCUCUUCGACACGGAGAGUCUUGAGAUCGUGAGUGGUGUUACGUUGGUGAAGAGCCAGGAACGAACCUCGCGUACCGGCAAAGAGCUGGUCUACGAUCAGGAGAUCGACACCGCGAACAGUGUCUCCGAGAGGCAGGAUGCUCUUGUGAAUUACGUUACCGAAGAGGCUGGAGAGUUCCUUGCUGGACGCAGUCUUAGGAUCAACUUCACUCCUAUCAUCGAGAAAAUCGGUACGUCAGCUCGGGCCAUCAGCGAGGCUGCACCUGAGGAGGUUCGCGAGGCUGUCGAUCUAGUUGUCGAAGGCCGAGGCAAGAAGAAGCAGCUGAGGCAGCUGCUACCGCUGUUGCUCGCCGCGAAAGCGAAAAUCGGAGCCCUGGCCACCCUGGCUUACUUCGUGACUGGUUUCAUCGCCAAGAAGGCCAUCGUCGUCUCCCUGAUCUCCCUCGCAAUCUCUGCGUUCAUUGGACUGAAGUCCCUCUGGUCGAAAGGAUCCCACGAUGUCACUCCGUAUCACGGCUGGAGCAGCGGACCAGCAUCGUCCUCCAGUGGAUGGUCCGCCCCUGUUUCAUCAGGUGGAUGGUCAUCUGGCGGUUCCUGGGACGAUGGUCACGGCUACGCGCAGAGCCAAGCCUAUUCCGGCUACCAUCAUUAA